CUCGGGUAAGAAGAGUCACUCACCCUCUUAGUCCCCCUGCCAGUCAAGGGAAGUAGUGCUGGAGAGGAGCUCAGACGGCUGAGUGCUGGCUGAAAACAAAGCAUCAUUUUAAUUCUGUAAACUCAAGUUUUGAACGUCUAACUCCACAAGAUGUCUAAAGGACCAGCUGUAGGUAUUGAUCUGGGGACCACGUAUUCCUGUGUGGGAAUCUUUCAGCAUGGCAAAGUGGAGAUUAUUGCCAAUGACCAAGGAAACAGAACCACUCCCAGUUAUGUGGCCUUCACCGACACAGAGAGACUUAUUGGAGAUGCUGCCAAGAACCAGGUGGCAAUGAACCCAGCCAACACUGUAUUUGAUGCUAAACGUCUAAUUGGUCGCAAGUUUGAUGAUCCUGUGGUGCAAUCUGAUAUGAAACACUGGCCCUUCAAGGUUGUGAAUGACACCUCCAAACCGAAAGUGGAGGUAGAAUACAAGGGUGAGAUCAAGACUUUCUUUCCUGAGGAGAUAUCGUCAAUGGUUCUCACCAAGAUGAAGGAGAUCUCAGAGGCUUAUCUUGGCAAGCCUGUGAACAAUGCCGUUGUCACAGUCCCUGCUUACUUCAACGACUCCCAGCGUCAAGCCACCAAAGAUGCUGGAACCAUCUCUGGGCUUAAUGUGCUGCGUAUCAUCAAUGAGCCCACUGCUGCAGCCAUUGCUUAUGGACUGGAUAAAAAGGUUGGCGGUGAGCGUAAUGUUCUCAUCUUUGACCUCGGCGGUGGUACUUUUGAUGUGUCAAUCCUGACAAUUGAAGAUGGCAUCUUUGAGGUCAAGUCCACAGCAGGAGACACACACUUGGGCGGUGAAGACUUUGACAACCGUAUGGUCAACCACUUUGUUGCAGAGUUCAAACGCAAAUUUAAAAAGGAAAUUGUCAACAACAAGAGAGCUGUGCGUCGCCUGCGUACAGCAUGCGAGCGUGCCAAGCGCACCCUAUCCAGCAGCACCCAGGCCAGUAUUGAGAUUGACUCCCUCUAUGAAGGCACAGACUUCUACACUUCCAUCACCAGGGCCCGUUUCGAGGAGCUCAAUGCAGACCUUUUCCGUGGAACCCUUGAGCCUGUUGAGAAGGCCUUGAGGGAUGCUAAGAUGGACAAGAGCCAGAUCCAUGAUAUUGUCCUUGUGGGAGGCUCCACACGUAUCCCUAAGAUUCAAAAACUACUGCAGGACUUCUUCAAUGGUCGUGACUUAAAUAAGAGCAUCAACCCUGAUGAGGCUGUGGCCUAUGGUGCAGCUGUGCAAGCGGCCAUCUUGGCUGGUGAUAAGUCUGAGAAUGUACAGGACCUGCUCCUGCUGGAUGUUACGCCCCUGUCUCUGGGAAUUGAGACAGCUGGAGGAGUGAUGACUGUCCUUAUCAAAAGGAACACCACUAUUCCUACCAAACAAACCCAGACCUUUACCACUUACUCAGACAAUCAACCUGGUGUGCUCAUUCAGGUUUAUGAAGGUGAGAGGGCCAUGACCAAGGAUAAUAACAUCCUGGGGAAGUUCGAACUGACUGGUAUUCCACCUGCUCCCAGAGGAGUCCCUCAGAUUGAGGUGACCUUUGAUAUUGAUGCCAAUGGCAUCCUCAACGUGUCUGCAGUUGACAAAAGCACUGGGAAAGAGAAUAAGAUCACCAUUACCAAUGACAAAGGGCGUCUGAGUAAGGAAGACAUUGAGCGCAUGGUGCAAGAGGCAGAGCAGUUCAGGUCUGAGGAUGAGGCCCAGAGAGACAAAAUCACAGCCAAGAAUUCCCUCGAGUCUCUGGCCUUCAAUAUGAAGAGUACAGUAGAGGAUGAGAAGUUGCAAGAAAAGAUCAGCCCUGAGGACAAAAAGACCAUCACGGACAAGUGCAACGAAGUCAUUGCCUGGCUGGACAAGAACCAGAUGGCAGAGAAAGAUGAAUAUGAACACCAGCAGAAGGAACUAGAGAAGGUGUGCAACCCCAUCAUCUCCAAGCUGUACCAGGGGGGAAUGCCAGGAGGAAUGCCAGGAGGAAUGCCCGGUGGCUUCCCAGGUGGGGCUGGACCUGGCUCCUCUUCUGGCCCAACUAUUGAGGAGGUUGACUGAAUACAUCUUUAUCUCCCAUGUAGCAUGUCACAUAUUCAAUCCAAAUAAAUGGUAACAUAUUUACUGACUGUCUAAUUUAUUCUCUUGCCAAGCGGACAAUCCAUUCAAAUACAGAUUAAUCUCUGCUUCAAUUCUUGUGUUAAAGUUACCCAGUCUAAGCAGUCAAAUUUCACCAAAUGCUUCAACAUCUAGUCCCAUAUGAUGACUAUUUGUGAUCUGCAUGACCUCUUUUAAAAAAAGUUUUGAUUUGCCAUUGCCUGUUAUCAAACCAAUAAAGAUCACCUCUCUCUCAG